AUGCCGCGGCGUCGCGAGUUUAUUGAUGCGCAUUGGUUCUACAGCAGCGAUGAAGAUUCUGAAAGGUAUAUCGAAAAUGUUGAUAAUGAUAAAUGAUCGUAGAAGCACGGAAUCAGCCGACGGAAAUUUUGAGCCGCCACAUGAACCAGAAUCAACGGAAGAUUACCGCGGGCCGAGCAAUUCCUCUGAUGGAGGCGACGAAGGUGAGAAAAAAAAAAUUGAAGAAGUAACGCCAUUGUUUGAUAAUAAUUAGAUUAAAGAUAAUUAGAUUUUUCUUAUUAUUUCAGUGAACAACUGCGAGGAAGAACUCAGCAUUUCGGAUAACGAAGACGCUUUUUUUGCUGCCGCAUAUUCUACAGAGAAGCGAGUCACCCAAAGUGGUGAGUGUCUGCAUCGACUAAAACUAGCGUUCAUUAAAGGUGAAAAAAAAAUGAAAGAAUCCCAGUACCAACGGAGCGCGCCACGUAAACUCCACUGCGUUUCACAAUUCAAUCUUCCAAUUUCAGUUGAGCUUGUCACAGUACGCUUUGGUCAUAGCUCCCCUAAGGUCGGCAAACGUCACACAUCCGGUAAAAAUGGUUUCUUAUUUUUUGUUCAACUACAUUCUCUUGCAGGAAAACUAACUGCGAAACUCCCUGCAAAUAUGGCUGCUUCCUCACCGAAAAGCGGAAGUUCCGCAGCUGCUGACGAGAGCGACGAAGAAGUACCGGAAACACCUCCGCACGAUGGGGACUCCCAAGGAGACGACGUUGUUGUCGAUGUCGAAGAGUGA